AGGGGGUGUUGGGUUCGUUAGCGUCAGGAUGGGCCAACGACAACCUAGCAUCCAUCACAUGCGAAACCGCCCCGGAUAUCCUCCUGUGCAACGACCAGGGGGAAGUGAUCUCCAUGCUGCUGGAUGGACUAUCCAAUAACGCACAGGCCACCAUACCUGCAGACAUUGCCAACAUCACUUCUCUAACCUACCUGAGUAUGGCAUACAACUCUCUCACGGGCACCAUUCCAGACUCAUUCAGCAACCUCGUUCUUCUGCAGUCCCUGGAUGUGAGCUACAACUCUCUGAAGCAGCCCAUUGAUGUCGUCAUGACCCUCACCUCCCUCACCUACCUGAACAUGAGUUAUAACACAAUCAGGGCACCAUUGUCGCCAGGCAUAUCCAACCUGCGAGAUUUAGAAGUCCUGGACUUAACGAGCAACAGACUGGAUAAAAUCCAGGACCUUUCCGCCCUUACCAAACUCAAACAGAUAGUCUUGGAGAGAUGCGCGGUGCCCCCUGCGCCGCUGACCACGUUCAGCCCGUUGGUAUCACUGGAGUAUAUAAACGUGUUCAACAACUCGUUUGAAGGCGCGCUUUCUGCCCUCUCAACACUCUCAAAACUCGAGUACAUGCAAGUGGCCUUCAAUCAAAUAGGACCCGACAUACCCGCCACCUUAUCCCACCUCUCCAAGGUCACUUUCAUGGAUCUCGCGUACAAUCGUCUGAGCGGCCCCAUCAACCCCCUCACAAACGUCACCUCACUGCAAUUCCUAUCAUUAUACAGCAACGCUGUGUCAGGCUCUUUUCCGGACUCCAUCACACGCCUGUCUCGCCUCACUUUUCUGCAGAUCGGCGAGACCAACUUCACAGGCACCCUUCCUGCAUCCCUGGGCCAGAUGACGAAUCUACGGCAUUUCCUCUUGGAUCACACAACAAUGGUCGGGACAAUUCCAGCAGCCAUGGGCAACCUCACAAGACUUGCUGAGAUCUCGGUUGCGCCUCUCAGUGCGACAGUGGGCCCCAAGUGUGCAAAGAACGGAGUGUGCGUGGUGAAUCAGGAUGCUGUCACGGCCUUCUGCAAUUUUUGCCCUAGCUUCUGCCAGUCCUGCUCGCCCCCAGGCCUCUGCAUCAACUGCAAAGACCCCUCGCCACCACCAGCACCUGCAACCACCAGCAGCAGCGGCUUGUCAACGGGGGCAAUCAUUGGCAUCGUGUGUGGGGUGGUGGUGCUGCUGCUGGCGCUGCUGGGUGGAGCCCUCUUCUACCUCCAGAGGAGGAACAACAAGGUUUCUCGCUUCGGCGCACUAGCGAAGGGCGUGUGUGUGGAGUAUACGAUGAAGGAGAUGGCGCAGGCCACCAACAACUGGUCUGAUGCCAACCUGCUGGGGUCGGGGGGCUUCGGAGAUGUCUUCAAGGGCGUGUCGCCCGACGAUGGUGUCACGCUGUGGGCUGUGAAGCGUGCCAAAGUCAUCACCAACGACUUCCAGCGGGAGGUGAGCGAGAUGGCAACGAAGCACCACCCCAACCUGGUGCGCCUGCUGGGCUACGCCACGUGUGGGGACCUGCGGGAGCGCAUCGAGCAGAUCCUCGUCUACGAGUUCAUCCCCAAUGGGGAUCUUGACAAGUGGCUCGGCAAAGACGCCCCCGCGCCCCUGACGCUGAAGCAGCGGCUGGACGUGAUAGUGGGAGCAGCGCGCGGGUUCGAGUACCUGCAUGGCUUUGACAUCGUGCAUCGCGACAUCAAGCCCGCAAACAUCCUGCUGGACAGCAACAUGCAGCCCAAGGUGGCUGAUUUUGGUCUCGUGCGAGUGGAGGGGGGCACCACCGUGCAAGCCACACGGGUGAUGGGCACACCAGGCUACGUCGACCCGGCUUACUCUCGCACGCAGAAGGCCACUCCUGCCACUGAUGUGUACAGUUUCGGUAUUCUCAUGCUGGUAGUGCUCACGGGAAAGCAUGCCAACUUUGACGAUAACGGCCGCUCCUGCUUCCUCCUCGAAUGGGUCCGGGAGAAGCUGAGCAAGGGGUCAGCGGAGACAAUCACAGACCCGCGCAUGGGCCCCGCUCCCCCAGGCGCCCUGCAGCGCAUCACAGACCUGGCCAUGCACUGCACUGCCACCUUCACUGCCGACCGCCCCUCCAUGGCCCGCAUCGCCCAGGAGAUGGAGGCUCUACGAUCCGAGGUGAGCGGUGGCGAGGAGCCGGUGCACAAGUCUCACAAGGUGGUGGAUGCAGAGUUGAAGGAGCGGAUGCAGGAGCAGAAGCGGAUCAGUGAGACGAUGGUGAGUGUGCUCACGUCGAUGAACACUGGGAGCAUGGGGAGCGGGAGCGUGAGCAGCUUCUGGGGAAUCAGAGAGGCAGGGAGAACAGGGGAUGUGAGCAGCAAGGAUGCGCCCCCGCCAGAGGUGUGA